AUGUCGCUCGAGACACCUGAUCCACCAGCCCACGCCACACAAGUCCGAUUCGCUGCUGCACCGUUGGAACUCGACGACAGGCACGACGAUAGCAACGAGCCGAUUCCUUCAGACGCAGUCCUCCGAGAAUCGCAACUCGCCGAUGCCGCCGUCCCGGAUGGAGGUUUCGGCUGGGUCAUUGCGUCAGCCUGCGCCGUCAUGACUUGGUGGUUCGUCGGGAUAACAUACUGCUGGGGCAUUAUACAAAGCGCGCUCGUCGCCCAAGGACUCUCAACGCCAGCCACGCUGUCGUAUGUAGGGUCUCUGGCAGUAACAUUUGUGUCCAUCCUUGCUCCCGCCUCUGCCGGUGUGAUUGCACGCGCCGGUGCUAGGAACACUGCCAUCCUCGGAGUAUUCCUGCUAGGCCUGGGGAAUAUCCUCAGUGGCUUUGCGACCAGCAGCGUCGGCGGUCUCUUCGCCACGAAUGGCAUAGUCAUGGGCUUUGGAGUCGCCCUUUCAUUCAUGGUUUGCUCCACAACACCGGCGCAAUACUUUUAUCGCAAACGUGGGCUUGCGAAUGGUAUCGUCUUUGCUGGGGGAGGUUUGGGUGGUGCCGUCAUUAGUUUCAUCAUGGACGAACUCAUCAUCAAGCUCGGUAUACCAUGGACUUUUCGUGUCAUUGGACUCAUGACCCUCGCCACUGGACUCCCGGCUGCGUGGCUUAUCCGGGAGCGUGUGCCGGUCAGAUCACAAAGUCGUAUCGAGUGGCGUCUGUUCCGGGAUCCUCAAUUCGUCAUUCUCUUCGCCGCGGGAGCCGUGGGUACAUUUCCCCUGUUUGUACCGCCUUUUUUCCUCCCACUCUAUGUCAAUUCGCUCGGCUUGUCAUCUAGUACUGCAGCCGGAUUGCUUGCAGGUUUCAACUUUGCAUCUGCCAUUGGGCGUAUUGGCUGUGGAGCUCUCUGCGAUGCUUUGGGCGCCCUCAAUACACUCUUUGCUUCACUCUUCAUUUGUGCCUUGAGUAUGCUUAUUAUCUGGCCCGCAUCACAUUCACUGGCACCUUUGGCCGCAUUUGUUGUUAUCAAUGGUCUUUCGAACGGAGGUUUCUUUGCUACCAUGCCUACCGUAGUAGGUAACAUAUUCGGAUCUGCCAGAUUGAGUGUUGCAAUGGGGAUGAUAGUUACCGGCUGGGCUGGGGGCUAUUUAAUGGGUGCUCCCAUUGCUGGAUUCUUACUCAAUGCUUAUGGCGGCGAGAAUCGUGGGCUCAAUCCAUAUCGACCGGCAAUGUACUACGCCGGCGCAAUGGCAUUGGCUUCUGCGUUGUUAGUCCUAAUUGCAAGGAUGAGAUUCUCUGUAAAGUUGAUCAAGAAGCUCUGA